AUGGCGGCACCGAUCAAUCCGCCUGUCAGCCGAGCGCCGAGUACAAAAAUGGCGGACUGCGAGAAAGAGGAAGCGCACAAUCUCCAAAUGGAGUUCGAGUGGGUGCUUCGCGAGGAAGUGCACUCCUCGCUGUCGCAGCUGAAGAACAUACUUAUGGAAUGCGCCCAGCGAUUUCCGUUGACGCUCUUCGGCAACGAUCAGCACAACAAAACCGACCGAUUUGUGUUCGCCGCUGCACACGAUCAAGUCAAGUGCGUCGCAGUCCUCACCGGCGACAGUAUCACAAAUGCUGAGGUAAAUUUCAAGGUUCAGCGGCAGCAAAACGUAAAUAUGAGGACGAGUAUUCAGAACGAGCAUCCGUGGAAGUUGCAGCAGAUUCAAGACGCCGCUAAUCAUCUGCAGCAAGCCAUUGCUCACAUAGAUAACGUGGAUAGGCAUUACCUUUUUAAAACAUCGGACGAAGUCAUGCAUGUUCUAGGUAAUAUUCUGGGCUGUCUUCAAAGGAGCAGAACUAGCUUAAUUGUUCCUAGGAAGAAAACGAUCGACGAUCUUAUCAAGAGUCGAAAUAUGAAAUCUCUUAAUCCGAACCUCCCGGAGAAUCUGGCUAUUAGUUUUUACAUUCAGAGCUACAAGCUGGUUCUAGCAGUCUAUCAGUUAGAAAACGCUCAUGGCAGUGUUAAGUACGAAACCCAGCAGGCAGAAUGCAGCGUGCCGUGGCUAAACGACGCCCUUGUGCUGCUCACUAUAGCGCUGCAACUCUGUCAACGACUGAAAGAUAAGAUAUGCGUGUUCUCCCAAUACAAGGAUUUUACAGUAGGUUCUCGUGUUCCUUCAGCGUUGGGCUGACAACCUAAGGAAAUUUAUGUAUUUGAAACGCGACUUGAUAUAUAGGAUGGUGCUACGUGCAAGUGAAGAAGUUUUGGCCUCAACCGGUAACACACUUGCCCUGGCCUUCGUUUUUACAUAUGUUAUUUGUUCCUCUCUCCCCCCC